GCGCGAGCCGCCAGCCCAGGGCGCGUCCCUUGCGCCCCGGCGCAGCCCAGACGUUCCCGCCUCUGGAGGCCACCCUCACCCCCGCGGACAUCUGUUGUGCAGACCGAGGGGAGCCACCAGAACUCCAAGAUGGGAGGCAAGCUGAGCAAGAAGAAGAAGGGGUACAAUGUGAAUGACGAGAAGGCCAAGGACAAAGACAAGAAGGCCGAAGGCGCGGGGACGGAAGAGGAGGGAACCCCCAAGGAGAACGAGACCCAGGCGGCCACCGAGACCUCAGAAGUGAAGGAGGCCAAGGGGGAGAAGCAGGAGAAGGCGGCCCCGGAGGCCACCAAACCGCCCGAAGAAAAGGAAGGCGAGAAAGACCAGGCAGCGGCCAAGGAAGAAGCCCCGAAGGCCGAGCCCGAGGCGGCCGAGGGCGCGGCCGAGGGGAAGCCGGAGCCCGCGAAGGAGACAGAGUAUUUUUGGGAGUAA